AUGUUAGGAGGCAAGUACUUUUUCUCAAAGUAUACCAAGAUAAAUUAAUACUUGUCCCCUAAUAUUGAAUCAUUUUACAUUGAUGUUAAAGAUAAAAAUCUUGAUUCCCCAGAAUCGUGCAUGGUCUUCCAAGAAGUUGAAAUUCCCUAUACUUACAGUAAUCCAAAUGAAGAUUAUUCAAAUCAAGUUACCCAAAAUAUUUGGACUGGUGAAUUCAGAUUCGCUUCAUAUUUUAGGUACUAUUUAGAGAGUAAGCAAUAUCCUACAGAAGUUUAAUUCUAGUCUGCUAAAUACAUUGGAUGUAUUGGCUUAAUACCACAAUUUGAUAAACCUCUUGAGAAUAUAAUAAUUACUCUCCAAACUGAUCCAGUUGAAUACACAUUUAAUUGGCCAAAGGAUUGCAAUCAAAAUUAGCUUACAUUUACUUGGAAUAUUGAUAGAAUGGUUGACAUUCCUAGCUUUAUAGUCGUUUCUAAUACAUCAUCAACAGUCACAAUAAAUUUAUCUCCAACUGUAAAGAAUAUAGGAACAUAUUCACUUAGGUUCAGAUUUUCUAUUAUUGGAACGCCUAAUAUUUAUGUUGAUGGAGUUAUUAUUGUUGAAAUAUAUCCUUAGAUAGAAUACGGGAAAGAAUUAUCAACUGAGAAAUGUGCUUCAAAAGUUACUCCUGCUUUAUUCUAGAAAUCCUCAUCUUAUUUUAAAUACGCAGAUAUGGACUAAACAGAAGUUAGCUAAUUUGAUACCGUUGGGGCCAUUUGUAAAUUUGGUUAUAAAGAUUUGAUUUAUAGCAUUCAUUAGAAUUACUUUUCAGCAACUUAAUCUGAUACUUUAAUAUUUUUCUAACAUGAAAAUAACGGCAGAUUUUUUAACUAGUCUAGCUUAAGAAUCUACUAAAAGUUUCUGUAAGCUGAUUACCUGUGGAUUGAUCCAGAUAAUGGUGAUUAGUAUAUAUCUGGAAGAACGAAUUAUUCACCAAAUCACUAUCCGUAAUUGGCAGCUUUCAUUCUUAGAAUUAAGCAUGAUUAUUCUUAUGUAUUCUUCAAAUCUUAUCAAGCCUACCAAGAACUUGAAGCUAGAAUGUUUUAAGUAGAUACAACUAAUAACUUUAUCUACUGGUGUUUAGGGUUCACUUUGAAUAAUAAAUGGUUUUGGGCAAUUUCAAAGCAUUAACAAGAUGAUGGCUCAUACUUAUGGGGAUGA